AUGGGAAAGCAACCUCAAAGACGCAAGAUCACGAAAAACAGAGUGAACCCUCUCGGUGCUCGCAUUGCUGCCGGUGUCAGCCAGGGAAUUUCCGAGGAUGUUCCUAAGCCUGAGCAGGUCAUGCCUGUUAUUGAAAAGCUCUCUUCACCUGAUCCAACUGAACGUGCCUGGUCUGCUGCUUGCAUUUCGAACCUUGUCAUGGCCGGAGCUGCCACUCGCAAACUUUUGUUGUCCAAGGGUAUUAUUCCUAAACUCAUCGAACGUCUGACUGACAGCAAUCAGGAUGUCAAGGAAGAAACUCUUGGUACAUUGAGAAACCUUGUUUCUGUGGAUCCAGUCGUUGCCAACGAUUAUUAUGCACGCGAUAUUCUGACACCUUUGUCUGCUUUGUUGCCCACGAUCUCCCAAACCAUUGAUCUCGUUUUGAAAAAUGCUCCCUUUGCCGAUCAUGAUGACCAAGAUAAACGUCGCACAGUUUGGGAUGUAGCAGAGAACUUCAUUUAUAUUGUCUGGAGUAUCAUUGAGGCCUCUGAUAAGUACAUCAAGGCUAUCAACCGUCUUAAUAUUAUUACCUUUUUGAUUUCAUUCUUGUCAGCUGCUGAUCAAUGCCCUACUCGUGUUGUUGUUGCUGCUGGACAAUGCUUGACUACCUUGACCGACGAAAACAAGGACAUCUACAUUGAAUUCCAGAAUCAUCCUGAGUAUAUUAGCACUCUUGUUGGCAUUCUUACAAAAUUCACUCGUCCAGAGGACACACUUGUCCGUGUUCUUGCAUGUGCCAUUUUGAUGAAUUUACGUGAGGUUAUGCGCAUGUCAAGCUCGUGGGAUGAUGAUCAGGAUCCUUUGGUUGAAUUGAACAAGAUGGUCUUGCCUGUCUUGAUUUCGUCUCUUGACUACGACCUUCAGGUUGCCGCUGAACAAUCUUUAGUUGCUGCUAACAGUGGUAAAAUUACUAAACAUGAAGAGACUGGUGAGAUUACACCUGCACCCAAGCAGCCUGUUAACGCAGAGGAGUUUAAUCUCAUGGACCCUUAUUCGUUGCUUUUACUUGUAGAGGAUGGCUGGGAGGAAGCUGAUGAAACUAUGGGUGAUGAUGAGGGUGAACCUAUUGAAGAAGAGGAUGAGGAUACUGAGGAUAUCUUGGGUGAAGUAUCUGCUCUUACUGGAGGCACAUCAUCUGCAAGCGAGGAUGCUUUGAUUCGAUCGAACCCUGUCAUGCAUGCUUUUACUUAUCAAAUCUUCCCCCACCUGAUCCGUUUGGCUACACCAACUCCCCUGUCCUUCCCUCAAGAAUCCAUCGUACCAACGGUAUCACAAGGAUUAGCCCUGACCCAUCUGCGGUCACUAGAAUGCCUUAACAACUUUUUAUUGGCUAUGAACGAUGUACCAUCAAAAUUCUGGUUUAAGGAGCACAUAUCAGAUGCUCAGCAAACUUGGACUUGGCUCAUUAAACUUCUCUAUGAUUUGACACCUGCAAAUGGUGGAGCUGACGAUAUAUUGGCUGAUAAUUUGGAGGCAAUCGUAGGAUGUCUCUGGUCUUUGGCUAGAGGUCUUGGGAACAAUACUCCUCUUGGUCCUAAUGAUAAUGAAGUAUUGUGCCGCACAUGUACUCUUAUUCCUGUUGUAUCUAUUCGUGUCAAGAUUAUCGGCUGCUUAGGUGCCAUUGCUACUCGCCAGGGAAACAUCGAAUUUAAUAAGAACAUUGCUAUCUAUGUAACAGACAUCUUGCGAAACAUCCCUACAAAGCAAACUCCCCCAGAACUAGCAGUUGAGGUGCUCAACUUUAUGUACGAUGUUUACAAUGACUGCGCAUUCGAUUAUGAUGAGCCUAUCUUUGUCAAGGGAAACAUGAUCAAGGAACUAGAAUCUAUCUUACCUGCUUACCGCGCAAUUGUCAAGUCCAUUGAUCGCCGAAAGAACUUUGAUUUGCGUUCUAGAGCUGAUGAAGCUUUGACCAACUUGGUAGCAUUUAUCAAGUACAAGAAGAACGAGAGACGAUAG